AUGGCUGCUUGUUCAGAUAGCGAGACUAUCCCUCUUGUUCUUGUUACGGGAGCGUCUGGUUACUUGGCAAACCACAUUGUGCAGCAGCUACUUGAGGAAAAAAGCUACAGGCUGCGCGGUACUGUUCGCAAUGUCUCGAGUACUCUAUCCCUCAGAGAACAGUUUCCAAGCUUGCAUAUUGUGGAGGCAGAUCUCAACGAUGACAAGGGAUGGCAAGAGGCCAUUGAAGGCUGCACGUAUGUUAUACACGUAGCCUCUCCUUUACCCAUCCAUGUUCCUCGAGAUGAGACAGAAGUCAUUCGACCAGCAGUCGAUGGCACCAGACGUGUAUUACAAGCCUGUAUGGACGUCGGUAGUGUGCGCCGUGUGGUUGUGACCAGCUCUAUGACUGCUGUAUCAGGCAUGGGUGAACACGGACGAACAUACACCGAAAAUGACUGGCCAGAUGCUGACACAUUAAAAGACCCUUACUCCAAAAGCAAAACUCUAGCAGAACGUGCAGCCUGGGAAUUUGUUGAUGGCAAAAGUGUUGAGUUGGUUUCAAUUGUUCCCGGACUGCUGCUUGGCCCAUUGUUGACCGCUAAGCCUGGUGCAUCACUUGAGGUCGUAAAACGGAUUUUAGAAAAUAGUAUCCCUGGCUGUCCUCACAUCUAUUUAAAUACGGUGGAUGUUCGGGACGCCGCUAGAGCUCAUGUGGUAGCUUUGGUCAGUGAAAGAGCUCCUGGGAACCGAUACAUCAUUUGUGGAGAAUCCUUAUGGAUGAAAGAGGUGGCACAGAUUGUUUAUGAUGAGUUCUCAUCCCAAGGCUACAGGGUUCCUACUAGGGGCAUGCCCAAGUUCUUCAUUUGGCUUGCCAGUCUGUUUUCGUCUCAACUCGAUGCUGUCCUACCAAGAAUAGGAAACGAAAUUCAAUUUUCAACACAGAAGAUGAAGGAAGACUUGGAGAUUAGUACUCGACCGGUGAGAGAGAGCAUCAUUGAUUCGUGCUACUCGCUUAUUUCAAAAGGAUUCGUGGAAAAGAAACAAGGGUACCGUCCUCGUCAACACAUUGCAAGUUCCUCACAGUUGGAUUAAUUUAAUCGCUUCAAACAAAGAUUGUGUCAAAU